AUGGAUGCUGACAGUGAACUUCCUCCGGAAACAACAUCUGUGUCUAGGCCUACUGAAACACCGAAGGAGGAUACCGAUUCCGGCACUGUACCGGAGCCUGUCCCUCGACAAAACCCCCCUUUACCCCAACCUGCCUCUACCACUCCCCCUCCUACGAAAACUCCUUCUCCCCCUCUACCGCCAAAGAAGUCUGUGCUUUCUCCCGCUCCUGUUCCUCCAGCUAGAGCAAAAAAGCGUGUGGUCUCCGAAUUGAAAUGUCGGGAAGUUAGAUGGUUCCACAGACGUAACGACCAAGAGAAAUGGGUAGCAUUCAAUGGCAGAGAUUCUAUCAUGCUAGAGAUCAAAUAUAGAAUAUCGCACAACGUUUCUCUAGAUGAAAGUGCUGAAGAGUUAUGUGACGAGUUUGAAAUCAGGAAACGUCAGAUGGUUGUUGUAUUGGAAGGAUUCUAUAGAUUAUCAGAAGAUGAAAAGAAGAUAGAAGCAAUAUACUGGAAAGACGAUUCGUGUGAAGUUCGUCGCGGUACAUGGUUCACGGCUGAUUGGCAACCCAUGGAAUCAUCUUUGGCUGAUAGCAUAGACCAGCAUCAUAUUCAACACUUCAGAGGGCAGCUUAUCCCGGAGGGCUUGACGGUGUUUUCCCCCAAAGAAGCUAGUAAUAAACCUCAACUAACUGAACUUCAUUUGGAGUCCAUGGAGAUUCGUUGGAGCUCUGUCAUUGAUAUAUAUUUAACACCAAAAAGGGGAGCUUUCCUAAGGUAUAUCUCAUGGAGUAAGAGUCAAGCACUCAGACGUGGUUUCGAAAAGGAGUCCGAGUGGUCUGACUCACCCCCCGAAAUCACUCAUCUUGUUUUAGUAGUUCAUGGAAUCGGGCAAAAGGGCUAUGAAAAUUUGAUCGCUCAGAACUCUCAACAAGUUCAAGAUGGAGUGUUGCAUUUCUUGAAUAAAAGUUUCAACGAUGAAAACACUAGACCUAUGUUCCUUCCGGUCGAAUGGCGUUCAGGCCUUGUCCUAGAUAAUGGCAUUACCGAUCAAAUAACUCUACCUAAAAUGAGUAGCAUGAGGACAGCUCUCAAUAGCACUGCUAUGGAUAUAAUGUACUAUCAAAGUCCGUUGUAUAGACAAGAGAUCGUUGCCGGAGUAACAAAACAGAUGAAUAAAGUUUAUUCGUUAUUCAAAGAGAACAAUCCGGGUUUUAAUGGGCCUGUUUCCAUAUUCGCCCACUCACUCGGCUCUGUUAUUGCAUACGAUAUACUCAUUAAUUGGUCCCCACUCUUACUCUAUGAUAAAUGCGUAACUGAGGCCAUUGACACUCAUUUGUCGAAAUGUGAAGAUGAGUCCAGUGCUUCGUCUAUGAAAGCUUAUCAAGCUGCUCGAGAAGAUCUUCAUGAGAGACUUGAUGGUGGCAUCAAAGACCUUUUAGUGAACAGUAAUGAACAGUUGCAAUUCAAAGUCAAAUUCUUCUUCGCGGUUGGCAGUCCUCUCGGAGUUUUCUUGGUAAUGCGAGGUGCCACUUAUGUAGACCUUCAACCUCAGCGACUGAAUGUUGAACGUAUCUUCAAUAUUUUCCAUCCUUACGAUCCCGUCGCUUACCGUUUGGAGCCUAUGUUUGCCGCCGAGUGGAAAAACAUUCGUCCGAUCAAGCUUUUCGCUUUCAGCGAUUUAAGAGGGAAGAAAGACUACGGUGAAUUGCCUCUGGAAGUCUACAAGACCUAUCUUAAGAAAAUGAAGAACAUGUCCAAGAAAUCUGCUAACGACGAUAAGGGGUCUCUUAAGAAUGAAAUUCGUAGUGGAGACGAUGAUUUCGAUGAGGAAGAUGAAUGCGAUUCGGACGAUGGGCGUAGUGGACACUCAUCACCGCGCUCAAUAUCUCCUCUGGGAGAGGCUGAGAAACCUGCUAAAAAGAGCUGGUUCACAUUUGCUUCCAGCAGUAAGAAAACAGCCGCUGGCACCCCAGAACCACCAGUUGAACAAGCUAAAGAAGCUGAGUGUGAUAUCCCAAUUGCUGAACAAAUCCUUUCAAGCAAAUGUCGUCCAUCGCAUAGAAUUGACUUCCAACUUCAACCUGCCAUUACCGAGAAGUCUUAUUGGUCUGUCCUCAAAAGUCAUUUCAGCUAUUGGACUAAUCAAGACUUAGCUGUUUUCAUAGCGAACAUUCUGUCGACUCAAAAUGGAGAAACUUCUGAGAACGGAAGAAGUGUCUAA